AUGGAACGCGGCGGGGGGUCCAACACCCGCUCCCUCUACCCCCAGGGCCCAAGCUUCACCCUCGAAGACUUCUCAAACAAAGAUUUCAUCGUCGGCGAUUUUGUUGAUUCACUCGCCGAGGCUGCUAUCCCAGCAAGCCGCCGCUCCGGUCCGGCGAACCAUGCCUUCGAUCCAAAGCCGUUGAUCAGGGGGUUUGAGAACGCUUUGGGGAGGCUGAGUGCUUUAUCAGAGGAGCUGCAAGAGAAGGAAUCCGAGCUAUUAUCGCAGGUCCGCCGCGCCGAGAUUCAACAUGACCAAACGCUCGAAAUACUAGGUCGCAAACUCGACCAGUCCAUGGCACAGUUCGAGGCCCUUGACCUAACCCUCAACAACCCGAAUGUUGCGGCGAAUGGAAACAGUCGUGGAGAUGGCGGGGGUAAUAUUGCGGUGCAGAUCGGCGAGAAGCUGGAGGAGCUCGAUCGGAAACGGAGGAAAGCGCAGGACGCUAACUUCCUGAUCCAGUGCUGGAUGGAGGUGAGCGAAACAGGCAAGCUGACAUCGCUUGAGGAGAUACAACGGCAAGGGGGUGCUGAGAACAAGGUGCGAUGCGCCGUCAUCGCACGCCAGUUAAUGCGCAUCAGCCAGCGCCUCGAUCUAGCAUCAUGGGGGCAGUCGACCAACGGUAUUAGGGGGAACGGGGUCACAAACGGUGUUGUGGGAACGAACCGGCGCUACAAUACGAGAGAAGCGCUCGAGAAAUUCUCGGAGCUUUUGGAACAGGACCUGCUGAAACAGUUCAACAACAGCUACCGCCGGCAAAACUUUGACGAUAUGAUGGAAUGCGCAAGGGUACUUCAUGACUUCAACGGCGGAGCCAGUGUUAUCGCUGCGUUCGUCAACCAGCACCAGUUCUUUAUCGACAGGGACCAACUUAUCACGGACGAAGUCACGAUGGACGGGGAUAUGUGGGAACAGCUUGCCGACCCAGACUCCGAUCCACCGGGCGUCGAGCCGAGUUUGCAAUCCCUAGUUGACGAGGUCAAGAUUGUGAUGCAGGAGGAGUCCUUCAUCAUCAAGAGGGCGUUCCCGUUCUACGAGACGGUUUUGACCAAGUUCAUCCAACGUGUCUUCCAACAAUCCAUUCAGCAAAGGCUGGAAAUGGUGCUCGACAAGGCGACCACGAUCUCGACGCUAGCCUUUUUACGAUCGUUGCAUUCAUCGCGUGCCUACAUCGGCGCUUUGGUCGAGGACCUCAAGACCCACGGCUUAACCGAACACCCUGAGCCGUGCUCCGCGCAAAUAUCCCAGACGCUAGAUCAGCAACUCGAGGAGCUCUUUGUGCCUUACCUGGUAGGCAACUCGUACAUUGACCGCGAGAGGCGAAGCCUAGAAGAGUUGUACAACUCGCUGCUCUUCAAAUUCACCAUCUACCACUCGAGGCGGAAGAAGGCCCCGUCCGGAUUUAUGGCCGCCAUCGCUCAGCAGGGCACCCAGCUCAUUGCGUCGGCCAAAGACGCGUACAUGGAACGCCUGGACUCGUCGGAUCUUACGCCCACCCAAAAGCGGAUCAUGCUCCGGGUCGCUGGUAUCCAAGACAGCGGCACAAACAAGAACGACAUUGAAGUGUCAGACCAAGAUGGCAUCCUCAGCGUCGCCUACGCGAAGCGCAUGAUCGGCUGGCUGGCUGAGAGCGUCCGCCGCACGCUGGAGAUGGGGUCCGCAAGCGAUACCCCCAAGGACGUCAACAUCCUCCUCAACCUCCUGCUCACCACCAUGGGCCAAGUCUACGUCGAGACAGCCCUCGACGCGGCCCUCGAAAAGGCCACCUCCCAAGAAAACACCAAAACCGAGCCCGACCUUACCUACCUCCCCAACCUCCGCCCGGCCGUCACCAUCACCAACCUCAUGUCCCGCUUCAUCACCACCGUCCUCAUCCGCCUCGCCGAGUCCAACACCACCGUCCGCCGCAGUAUGGAAGCCCAAUCCAAACUAGCCAUCGAAGCCACCGAGCGCAAAGCCAACGCCGUCAUGAAAUCCACCCUCGACGUCUCCAUCCACUGGACGACCAAACUCCUCGCCCAGCAAAAGAAACCCGACUUCCGCCCCAAAGACAGCGACCUCGAAGGCCUCGUCGAUGCCCUACAAACCCCGACCUGCCAAGCCAUCACAACCUUCCUCGCCGCGCGGGUGGCCGCGUCCGCCCGCCAAGCCGUCGACGGCCAUAACCUCGAGGCCUUCUCAUCCGAGCUGGCCUUAGCCGUCCACCGCCUGCUGUUUGAACACUUCAAGAAGUUCCAGGUCAACGCCACCGGCGGCCUGAUGGUCACCAAGGACAUCGCCAAGUAUGUCUCGACCGUGCGUGAGUGGCCGCUGGCCAAGGAGGUCGAGGCCACGCUGGAGAUCUUGACCGAGGUUGGGUAUCUGUUUAUUAUUGGGCCCGAGGCGCUGCGUGAGCGGUCACGGAAUUUGGCGGCUGGGUCGACGGGGUCGGGAGCUGGCGGCGGUGGUAGUGGUGGUGGGGGAGGAGCUGGUGGAUCGGAUGCGGGUGGGAAGAGGCUGAGGAAGGCGGAUUUUAAGGCGUUUGUGCAGAAACGGGAGGAUGCGUCGAGUGUGGGCGUUCAAGGGGUUUUGGCCGGGCUGUGA